AUGAUGGUAGAUGAGAAUCAAUACAGACAAAUUGUGGGGAGUCUAUUGUACCUAACUGUUACAAGGCCAGACAUAAUGUUUGCAGCUAGUCUUUUGGCAAGGUUUAUGCAUUGUCCUACCAAGAAGCACUGUGGGACAGCAAAAAGGGUUUUGAGGUACAUACAAGGGACAAUAGACUACGGUAUUGAAUAUCAGAAAGGCAAUAAGGCUAUACUGAUAGGAUAUUGUGACAGUGACUGGAGUGGAAGUCAAGACGACAUGAAGAGCACCUCAGGUUAUGCUUUCUCAUUUGGAAGUGGUGUGUUUUCUUGGGCAUCAGUCAAGCAACAUAGUGUUGCUCUCUCCACAGCUAAAGCUAAGUAUGUUAGUGCAAGUGAAGAACUACUCAGGCUAUAUGGUCGAGAUUUGUGCUUGAGGAUUUUGGAGAAUUGCAGACAGAAGCAACUCCAUUGA